AAUGAACUUCCGAGUCCGUUAGAAGACUAUCGCAUACAUCAAAUCAAUAACAAUGGCUCUAUUUUAUAUGCUGGGGAAGGCGAAACCAGAAAAAGAAACAAGAACGAAAUAAAAACUGAAAUUCUUCUUCAAUGGAUGCUUUGGGUCUUCUGAAAAUUCGCGUCCUCAGAGGCAACAAUCUUGCCGUCCGCGACACAAUGACCAGCGAUCCCUACGUCGUUGUCGAAUGCGGUUCACAGAGAGUGAAGACAGAAGUCGUGCAGGACAACUGCAACCCUGUCUGGGAUGAAGAUUUGACCAUUUAUGUGAAGGACCUAAAUGCCCCUAUCAAUAUAGACACGUUCACUUACGACGACAAUAUGGGAAAUGCCAAAAUCGACAUAAAACCUAUAGUAGAAUGCGUGAGAAUGGGAUUGGAAAGUUCCCCAGAUGGGACUAAAGUCGAAAGGGUUCAGCCGAGCCUUGAUAACUGUUUGGCUGAGGAGAGCUGUGUGGUGUGGAGCGAAGGCAAAAUGAUUCAGGACAUGAUUUUGAAGUUGAGAGAUGCCGAGUGUGGGGAAAUUCUGGUUCAGAUCGAGUGGCGUGAUCUUCCAGGUAGCAAAGGCAUUCUGGUUUGA